GGUCCCAACCCAUUUAGGGCACGGCGCAGUGAAAACAUAGGGAACAUAGGCAAAUGGCUAAGGUAGCAAUCAAUCAUUCCUCCCUGGUUUGAAAGUGGCGAAGGUUGGGGAAGCGAGGAAGCCGGCGGAAAGCCUUGUGCGGCCGUCACGUCACACGAUCUCAGCCUCUCCAGUAAAUCCAUCGAUGAGGACGUCGUGUGACGCGGCCGACGCAAAUCGAAACCAAUAUCUACAUUUUAUGUUUUUUGUGAUCUCAAAUGACGUAUUUCUCGAGAAAGUUUGUUGCUUGCGUUUAAAACGGAUAGGUUUCUGUUGGCCGUUAUUGCUUGCUAUGUGGCGUACAAUCAGUCGGGCUGCACCUGCAUGGGCGCGGGGGGCAUCAACUUCCCCAACACCUGCACAUGAGUUUUGGUCUAAAUUUUGGGCAUUUCGAGAAACUGAAAGAGGGAUUACCAUUGAAUGUAUAGCUAAGAAUUUAGUGGCAGCGUUGUCCUACUGGGGAUUACCUCGGUUGUAAGUAUCUGCUUGCUAUGCCUAACUAAAUUUAGGUUGUGGCUAUCUUUUUAUACAAGCUGUUUACUGACUGAAAAGUGUCCCCUCUCUCUCUCCCUCUUUGGUUCUGAUAUGACAGGGUUGAUUAUGGUGACCAGUAAGUUCUCUCAUUGCUUACCCAAGUUAUGUAUGCUUAGUUCUUUUGAUACGUGUUGCAUACUGUUUGAAGUUGAACUAUAUGUCAGACUCGGUUAUUUCCACAACGUUUUGGUACUUCUUUCUUUCAAAAUUGGAAAAUUUAAACAAACUCAUUAAGCCGAAAUACACAAGUACCCUACAUACACAAAACCAAAACAAUAAUAUGUUUAAUGUAUUACUACUUUAAGAAUGUUGGCAAAAUAAUCAAAUAGUAAUUCUCAAACUUUUUAAAAAUAAUGCUUAAUAAAUUUUUUUAUAUUGAUCUCUUGUGAAUAAUUAGAUGUUCUCCUUAUUGGUAUCCUUUACAAACUCUGGUUGCAGCAAAGCUCAUACACAACUGAUGCGGA